ACCACGCGGCCGGGCGCGGGCUGACUAGUCUCAUAUCUCGCGCACCGCUGUGCGGUACCCUCUGGACAUUUGAAUUUGGAACACAUUCGAAAUUUGAAUUUUUAAAAUUUAUUAGUGCCCAGUGACAGUGAAAGUGUUCGCACUAGACAGAAGCACACAAAACUAAACAUGCCAAAUAUAUAACACACAAAACACACAAAAAAAAAAAUCACACGUUUCGUUUCAAGACUUUCAAAACUGGAUAAAUGGCGUUACUGACUGGACUUUGGAAAUCAUUCGUUGGCGGCAACGACAAAGAAUCCGACUGGAACGUGGUAACAGUAUUCUACUUCGACAAUAAGAAGAAAUAUUUCUCAGUUUCUGAGAUAGAUAAGGAGGAAAUACCAAUUGUGUACGCUGAAGCUCAUAAAAUAACCUUCAACAAAACUGGUCGAGGACUUUCGUAUACACCGCUUAACUUUGUGUCUAUCUUCCAUAUUGAUACUAGAAAAGCGGAAGUGAAGAUGCCGAGCGGCCACAUCGACCAGCCCGUGAUAGAGGACAACAGGGACGGUACAGUCAGCAUCAAGUACGAUCCGCGCGAGGAGGGUGUCCACGAGCUGUAUGUGAAGUACAAUGGCGAGCAUGUGCAAGGUUCGCCAUACAAAUUCCACGUGGACUCCAUAUCCUCGGGCUACGUGACGGCGUACGGGCCUGGUCUCACCGCUGGCGUGAGCGGCGAGCCGAGCCAGUUCACCAUCAGCACCAAGGGCGCUGGCGCUGGUGGGCUGUCCAUGGCAGUCGAAGGUCCCAGCAAAGCUGAAAUUACAUGCCACGACAACAAAGACGGCACCGUGGCAGUGUCGUUUCUGCCCACUGCACCGGGAGAGUAUAAAGUCAGCGUCAGAUUUGGUGAAAAGCACAUCAAAGGCUCGCCUUUCACUGCUAAGGUUACCGGAGAAGGUCGUAAGAGGAACCAAAUAUCUGUGGGCAGUUGCAGUGAGGUCACACUGCCUGGCAAGGUCAAUGACGAUGACAUCCGCAGUCUAAAUGCUUCCAUCCAGGCACCAUCCGGUCUUGAAGAGCCUUGCUUCCUCAAGCGUUUGCCUUCUGGAAAUAUCGGCAUCAGCUUCACUCCGCGAGAGGCAGGCCAGCACGUUGUGUCGGUAAAGAAGAUGGGUGUGCACAUCCAAAACUCACCCUUCAACAUCACCGUCCAAGAACAAGAGGUUGGAGACGCUAAGAAGGUUAAGGUAUCAGGAACAGCACUGAAGGAAGGCAAGACCCACGGAGAGAAUACCUUCUCCGUUGACACGAGGAACGCUGGAUAUGGUGGACUCUCUCUUUCUAUUGAAGGUCCCAGUAAAGCGGAGAUCCAGUGCGCGGACAGCAAAGAUGGCGUCCUGGCGAUCAGCUACAAGCCCACGGAGCCCGGCUACUAUAUCGUCAACCUCAAGUUCGCAGACCACCACGUGGAAGGAUCUCCCUUCACUGUCAAGGUAUCUGGUGAAGGCAGCAACAGACAGCGUGAGAAGAUCCAAAGGCAGCGCGACCCUGCGCCGCUCACUGAAGUCGGCACCAACUGCAAGCUUACCUUUAAGAUGCCGGGCAUAACCUCCUUCGACCUGGCGGCGACGGUGACCAGCCCGGGUGGAGUGUCGGAGGACGCAGAGAUCCAGGAGGUGGUGGACGGGCUGUACUCCGUCCACUUCGUGCCUAAGGAGUUGGGGGUGCACACCGUGUCUGUCAAAUAUAGGGAGAUACACAUCCCUGGAUCGCCCUUCCAGUUCACAGUAGGCCCCCUACGCGACUCGGGGGCUCAUCUCGUGAAAGCGGGGGGUGCAGGUCUGGAGAGGGGAGAGGCGGGCAGGUUCAACGAGUUCAACGUGUGGACGAGGGAGGCUGGGGCUGGGCAGCUGGCGAUAUCCCUGGAGGGACCCAGCAAGGCUGAGAUCGACUUCAAGGACAGGAAGGAUGGCUCCUGCGACGUUUCCUACAAGGUCGAUGAACCUGGUGAAUACCGCAUCGGUCUGAAGUUCAACGAACAGCACAUACCGGAUUCCCCCUUCAAGGUGUACAUCUCUCCCGCGGUGGGUGACGCCCACCUUCUGGAGGUGGCGCAGUUUCCAGACAACGCGCAGGUGGACAAGCCCACGCAGUUCUACAUCCGGCUCAACGGCGCCAAGGGCAGCUUGGACGGCAGGAUAGUAUCACCAUCCGGCAAGACGGACGACUGCUUCAUCCAGAACAUCGACGGGGACCAGUACAGCAUCAGGUUCAUGCCGCGAGAGAACGGCGUCCACAACAUCAACGUCAAGUUCAAUGGUGUCCAUAUUCCUGCCUCGCCAUUGAGGAUUAAGGUAGGAAAGGACGAUGCUGAUCCUGCCGCUGUGCACGCCCAUGGACCUGGACUUGGGGCUGUUAAAACUGGCGCUAAAACUGACUUGAUCAUCAACACUUGCAAUGCCGGAGCUGGUAUUCUGGCGGUGACCAUGGAUGGGCCGUCGAGGGUAUCCAUGGACUGUACGGAAGUUGAAGAAGGUUACAAGGUCCGCUACACGCCUCUUGCUCCGGGCUUCUACUACAUGAGCGUUAAAUACAACGGUGGUCACAUCGUGGGUUCGCCUUUCAAGAUCGAAGCUACUGGUCCAAAUCUCGCUGAAAUUGGAGCUCAAGAGACAUCAUCAGUUACAGUAGAGACUGUACAAAAGGUAUCCAAAGCAGCAGCAAAGCAAGGCCCGGCGUUGCCUGUGUUCAAGUCUGAUGCUACUAAGGUGACCAGCAAGGGGAUGGGGCUGAAGAAGGCGUAUCUGAACAAACACAACCAGUUCACGGUGCACGCGGGUGAUGCUGGUAACAACAUCCUCUACGUCGGCAUCUACGGUCCUAAAGGCCCGUGUGACGAAGUCCAGCUGAAACACAAGGGCAAGAACAACUACGAGUGUUGGUAUGUCAUCAGGGACAGAGGAGAGUACAUCGUCAUCGUCAAAUGGGGCGAUGAUCAUAUCCCUGGCUCCCCGUACAAGGUCGAAGUUUAAAUCAGAAACAGAAUUGCUACCAGCGUAUGCAUACUCCGAAUUUUUAUUUUAAACCUAUAAAUGCUUUUUAGAAAAUUUUACAUUUGAUUAUCAACAAGCAAUAAGUUAAGGAAGUGAGAUGGUCUUUUGGUUUUCUUUUUAUAAUUUUUUACUUUACUUUGUUCUCUGCACUUAAUUAUGUUUUCUGAUAAUACUGCAAGCAGUUAGUAAUUACUUUAGAAUUUCCGUCGUUAAUAAUCUUAAAAGAAAUAGAAGUUUUAUUGUACUGUUUAAGUACGUUACAUCCAAAAUUAUGUUUAUAUUAUUAUUAAACUUUUAUUCGCAUUUAGAUUCUACGUAUUAAAGGUGCGUAAAAUCAACUUCUUGCCUUAUUUAAAAGGUGUUUUUUAGCUGUUGAUCAUUUAUGUUUUGUUUAUAUUUGAUCAUUUUUGGUCUAAAAUAAAAAUCGUAGUACAGAAUAUUUCUUGGCAAAAAUUGUGUGUUUUUUAUAAAAGUAUUUUUGUAUUUCAAAUGUAUGGAAAGCUCUUUGUUUAUCAAGAUUAGGUUAUCUAAAUUAAUCUACAUACGCUGCAUUCGAAUGACAUAUAUGUGUUUUAGGAUUUCGUGAAUAUUUUAUUAGAUUGUCUAUAAUUUCGUUUCUGUUUGUCUACUUUUAAGUGAUCUCUUGCCGGUCUGUAUUGCUAUUCAUUCUUGCACCUUCCAAACAAAAUAUCACAAUUAUGCCCCUUUCGGCAACUAUGUGCGUUACAUCAACAUGCGUCUUGGUCAUAACAAAUUCAUCCCACAUUAGUCUUAGCAAAAAUAUUAUAUACUUACUAGUUAUUUAGAUUAAAAUGAAUGAAAUAUUCACAAUUGCUUACUAGGCAAGAUGCCUAUACCAGUUUAGGAUCGCCAUCAACUCUUUAGAUAUCUGGUGCUGGAUCAGAUCAGUUCAGAAAAUAAUCUGCUGCUGUUUGUAGCUGAAAAUAUUUAUAACAAUGUACUUAGUAUGUAAUUUAUCAAUGGCUGUAUUAAUGACCUGGAGAACCAUUCCAAAUUAAUUACUUAAAAACUUAAAAAUCUUAUUGUGUUCUCCUAUAUUUUAACAGUUAGUUAGGUAUAUCUGGUUGUUUAUGGUAAGUUUGGUAGGUGCAAUUUUGAUUGUAAUAUUUUCAAAAUCAAAUACCAAAUGUUUUGUUGUUCCCUUGUUGUCAUUAUUUAUGUGAUUUUUUUCCGUUUUGGAAAACUGUUACUUAAUUAUCUAGUCGUAUUGUGCCAGUGUUUUGAUUUUGUUUAUCAUAGACUGAAGGACAAAGGUGGUGGUUUUAAAUUUUAAAGGCGAUGUAACUCGCACUCUAUGCGAGACCUACUUUCUUCUUUGGUCUCUUAUUCUGCAAUUUGUUUACCACCAUUUUUUUCCUUCAUAUAUGAUUUGUUUAUAUGAUUCUCGUUUAGUUUUUAGGGCGACUAAAUGACAAUACAUAUAAAGUAUUAUGUGAAAUAUUCCCUAUUAUAUUUUAAGUCGUGAGAUGAAGUUUGUCAAUCGAAAAAAAAUUCAGCGAAUUCACUUUUUUUAUUAUUUUAUGUGUCUGUUUGUUAAAAUUCUUCUGCAUCUUUUUCUUAAAAUAUGUCAUUGAAGAAUUUUUAAAAUUCGCUAAAUAUUUUUGGAUUUGGUUAAACCGCAGUAACUAUUCUAAUUGAUUCAUUUACGUAAAAGUAAAUUGAGCAGAAAUUUCAUUUUCUCAAUAAAAUGUCAGAAGCCGUUUUAUGAACCGUAAGUAAAAUUUUUAAUUCAAAGAUAUACGUAAGUUUUAAAGAAUAGUUGCAGCGGAGUUACCUGAAGGUGGAUCAUUGACAAUAGAUUCUUUUAUGUCCUUUUUUAAUACUACUAACUCUUUCCUGAAUAAUCUAUCUCUCUGAUUUGCCUUCUAGAUACGAAUUUCAUCUCACUAUGUUUUAUCUUUAGGUAUAUCUUGCUUUCUAAUUUUGAAUGGUUUGUGUUUGUAUGAAUUUUACCUACGUAGGUAGAACAAUCCCUUUAUUAUUGUAAAUACCUAUUUUAAGUACCUUAUUUUAAUAAUUUGCGACUGUUUACUAAAUAAAGGAGAAAAGUUCAAGA